AUGCAACAUAUUCCUCCCAAUUUCAGAGGGGCACUCUGGGAGUCCAACCAUGCAUGUAUGCCCAUAAUUAAAAGCAGACCAACUUUAACAACGCUGCCUUUUUAUAACUUUCUGUUAUGGGUCCUCCUCGGAGUGUUGACGUUCCCUUGUUGUGUCCGCUGUUUAAUAUUCAAAGUGGGGGUCCUGGGGCCCUGGAACUGCGACCCUGUUUACUACAGGGCCCUGCCCGCUGCAGCCGCCAGAUUAGCUGUCAGCAGGAUAAACGGGGACUUAAAUCUGGACCUAGGCCUGAAAAUGGACUUUAUCAUCCUCCAGGAGCCUUGUGAAACCUCCAGAGCCCUCACUGCAUUUAUUUACUAUGAGAAGAUGGCGAAUGCAUUUGUAGGCCCCACCAACCCAGGAUACUGUGUCGCAGCUUCUCUUCUGGCCAAGAACUGGGAUAAGGCCAUCUUCUCCUACGGCUGUGUUAACUAUGAGCUGGACCGCAUCAUAGGAUACCCGACUUUUGCCAGGACGGUGCCGUUUCCCACUGAGGUUCUGUUCACCGUGUUAAAACACUUCAGGUGGGCCAGUGUUGUGGUGGUCUCAUCCAAUGAGGACAUUUGGAGGGAUACGGCUGGGAGAGUUGCUACAGCUCUCAGGCAUAAGGGGCUUCCUGUUGGGCUGGUCACAUCUAUUGGUCUGAAUGACACGGAGGUGGAGAACACACUGUGGAGGAUCCAGGCUGCAGGAGAGAUCAGGGUCAUCAUCAUGUGCAUGCACUCAGUCCUGGUUGGAGGAGAGCAGCAGGCCACCUUUCUUCUCAAAGCACAUAAAAUGGGCCUGACUUCGGGGAAGUAUGUGUUUGUGCCCUACGACACCCUCCACUACAGCCUGCCCUACACCAACGUCUCCUAUUUCCCCCUGCAAAACAACAGCAGGCUGAGGGAGGCCUAUGAUGCUGUGCUCACUAUCACUUUGGCCUCUGAGCCUUUGUCCUUCAACGAGGCAUUUGCUGCUGCCAAGAGGAGCGAGGAGAUGACACUAGCAGUGCAGCCAGAGCAGGUUAACCCAUUGUUUGGGACCAUUUAUAACAGCAUCUACCUGCUGGCCAGAUCCAUCCACAACGCCAGGAAAGCAGGCAUGCGGCUGUCAGGCUCAAACCUGGCAUACUUCACUAAGAACACAACCUUCAGUGGCUUCAACCAGAAGGUCAAAGUAGACACUGCUGGGGACGUUAAGACCAACUACAUCAUCCUGGACUCUGACAGCAGGGGGAGCCAGCUGUACCAGAGCCAUAUAGUGGAUCUGAUGUCCGGAGUGCUUCGAUUCGCUGGGAGGUCCAUUCAUUUUCCAGGAGGAUCUCCUCCACCGUCUGACUCCAGCUGUUGGUUUGACAAGAAUGCCGUCUGCACGGGAGGUGUGGAGGUCACCCACAUCAUAGUGGUGCUUGCUGUCAUCUUCACUCUGGCUGUAGGAGGGCUUGCCAUAAGUCUUUAUGUCAGGAGGAGACUCCAGCAAAUCCAGCUCAUCAAAGGUCCCAAUCGGAUCCUCCUGACCUUAGAGGAUCUCACUUUUAUCAAUCCCCAGCUUAGCAAAAAGAAAAUCACUUUAGAGGAUCUGAGUGAGUCCAAGAGUGCUUUAGAGGAGAAAUCUGGAGAUCGCUCACACUCUGUCAACAGCAUGCAGACUGCAACUCAUGAAACCACCAAUGUAGCUGUGUACGAGGGUGACUGGGUGUGGCUGAAGAAAUUUGAGGAGGGACAGUUCAAAGAAGUGAAGCAGAGCACCACCAAGAUUUUCACAAAGAUGAAAGACCUGAGAAACGAGAAUGUGAAUCCGUUCCUCGGCUUCUUUUUGGACUGCUCCAUGUUUGCAGUUGUGACAGAGCACUGCUCGCGGGGCAGUCUACAGGACCUGCUGAGGAACGAGGACGUCAAAUUAGACUGGAUGUUCAAGUCCUCGCUUGUGCUCGAUCUUGUUAAGGGUAUGAAAUACCUUCACCACAGAGAUUUCCCCCACGGCAGACUAAAAUCUCGCAACUGUGUGGUAGACGGGCGUUUUGUCCUCAAGAUUACUGACUAUGGCUUCAAUGAGCUGUUGGAGUCUCAGAAAGCUCUUAUAGAAGAACCUCCACCUGAAGAUUUAUUUUGGACAGCUCCAGAGUUCUUAAGGGACCUUGCAAACUCACGUAAAGGCACCUACAAGGGAGACGUGUACAGCUUUUCUAUCAUCCUUCAGGAGGUGGUGGUCAGAGGGCCACCAUACUGCAUGCUGGGUCUACCGCCUGAGGAGAUCAUACGUAAGGUGAAGAAGCCUCCUCCCAUGUGUCGCCCCACUGUGGCCCCGGACCAGGCUCCUCUGGAGUGCAUCCAGCUGAUGAAGCAGUGCUGGAGCGAACUGCCAGACCGCAGACCAACAUUCGAUGAGAUCUUUGACAGGUUUAAGAUCAUCAACAAGGGUAAGAAGACUAACAUCAUUGACUCCAUGCUGAGGAUGCUGGAGCAGUACAGCUCCAACCUGGAGGACCUCAUUAGGGAGAGAACAGAGGAGCUGGAGGUGGAAAAACAGAGGACAGAAAAACUACUGUCAGAGAUGCUCCCACCUUCUGUGGCUGAGGCCCUAAAGACCGGUGCCACAGUGGAGCCAGAGUACUUUGACCAGGUGACGAUCUACUUCAGUGACAUUGUGGGUUUCACUACCAUCUCCUCACUCAGUGAUCCCAUCGAAGUGGUCGACCUCCUCAAUGACCUCUAUUCUCUGUUUGAUGCCGUGCUCAGUAACCACGAUGUCUACAAGGUGGAGACCAUUGGUGAUGCUUACAUGGUAGCAUCGGGUCUGCCAAAGAGAAAUGGCAACAAGCACGCUGCCGAGAUAGCCAACAUGUCUCUAAACAUCCUGAGCUCAGUGGGAACCUUCCAUAUGCGGCACAUGCCAGACGUGCCCGUCAGGAUACGCAUAGGAAUCCACUCAGGGUCCUGUGUUGCUGGGGUGGUAGGUCUGACCAUGCCUCGGUACUGCCUUUUUGGGGACACUGUCAACACUGCCUCUCGUAUGGAAUCCACUGGGCUGCCUUACAGAAUCCAUGUAAAUAUGAGUACUGUGAAGAUCCUUCAUUCUCUUAAUGAGGGUUAUAAAAUAGAUGUCAGAGGCAAGACAGAGCUGAAGGGUAAAGGUAUUGAAGAAACAUACUGGCUUGUAGGGAAAACAAACUUUACAAAGCCUUUGCCAAAACCGCCAGAGAUCAAACCAGGGGACAACUGGCAAGAGAUGGUGACAGAGGAGAUUAGGACCCUUUUUCGCAAGGCCAACAGGCAAGUGGACAAAAAGAUCUGAAUGAGAGAAAGAGAAUGAAAGAUGUUAAAGUAGUAAAACCAGAGGAAGAGAGAUGGACACAUCUAGAGCUGGGGGCAGGCAGAGGACAGAAAGCAC